AUGGCGACUGGUCACGAGGCUUCCCAGAGCGUUCUCGGUUCAAUCCUCCAUUUCUCCGCGUACUCAGAAUACAUUUGUUUAACUGCUUCGGGCAGGAAGGAGGUUGGGGAAAGGACUGAUGCCAGCUGGCUGCCUCAUGGGGAGCUAGACACACAUGGCUAUGCCAUUAGCCUCCUGUUCGGCUUCUAGACGGGUUUCAUCUGGGAGACCUACAUAGUCCUUGCUUGGAACAACACAGUAUAAAGCUGCCCUGGUGCUAACUCGUCUUCUGAAUAACCACACACUGAAAUACAGCAGAACAAGAGACGGGGCCACAAAGAAGAGGACCACAGUCAGGUGCCAGAAGCAGGUGACAUCUAG